GUCUCUGAUAUUAUUAAAUAAUUCAUACAGUUGUGAAUUAGUUUUUUUCAAUACUGUUGUGAUUUAUCUAUAUAUAAAUAAAAUAAAAUAAAAAGACAAAACUGGACUUUCGAGUUUAGUUUUGCAAUUAGCAGAACAUAAUCCGACGAUGAUGAUUUACAUAGUUCCCGAGCUACUUGAAGAAAUAUUUCUUGGAUUGCCUUUGAAAUCAAUACUCAAAUUCAAAACUGUUUCAAAACAAUGGAGAACAAUUCUGGAAUCGAAGUUGUUCGUGGAGAGGCGUAUGAAUGUUCAGAACAACAACAACCGCCGGAAAAUCCUGGCUGUCAAUGACCGUAACAAGUCGGGAUUCGAAAGUGACGAAGAGAUCGAUAUGGUUUAUUUAAACUACUGCGAUGAUGAUGCCACACGACCGUCCUUGACAUGCGAGGGUUUGUUCUGUAUCCCAGAACCAGGUUGGAUCAAUGUUUUGAACCUAUCGACCAGACAACUCCGGCGAUUCCCUUGUACCCCAGAUCAUCCCGUGCCUUCCUUUAAUCUUGAAAGUCAGCUAAGAGACAAACCAUACCUCACUUUUUUUUCGGGAAACUGGGCUAUGGGAUUCGGAAGAGACAAAGUUACGGAUUGCUACAAAGUGGUGAGGAUGUGUUUUUAUCCUGUUGAAGAAUGUGAGGUUCUUGAUCUUGAAACUGGUGAAUGGAGGAAACUAAUUAAUCCACCUCCUCACAGGGUUGACGUGGGAAGGAAGUCAGUGUGUGUGAAUGGGUCAAUCUACUGGUUAUACUUUUACACUUUCUGGUGUUUCGAAUUACUAGCCUUGGAUCUACACACACUAGAGUUCCGCAAUGUGUCGGUUCCAGGUACGUGGUUCAAUCUGGAAAUCCACAUGGUGAACCUUGAGGGCCGUCUAGCCAUAGCCAAAACCAAAAAGGCGCCAGAAUGGGAACUAGAAAUACUCAGCAUGAUAGAUUCUCAAGGAGAUAUAUGGAGUAAGACUCACUCCAUAAAGUUAGCCAGUAUCAUUAUGAACAAUCACCCAUGUUGGUUCACGCUGGUCACAGUUUCUAAGUUUGGGAAUCUUGUCUUUUAUGACAAUCACAAGAGGUUGUUCAAAUAUCAUCCAGCGAAAGAUGAGAUUUGCUGUCUCUCCUCAAAUAUUUCGGUUAUAUCUCCUUACGUCGAGAAUUUGGUACCACUUCCAGGAUCAGGACCUAAUCCGGAGGACUGGACAUCUACUUGCGGAUUGUUUUCGAAGCAACCAGAGCUCGGGAAGAUCAACUUUCGGUUUUUGUUUACCACUCUAGUUCUAGUUGGUUAUUACUAUUUUACAUAA